AAUCCCUUUCUAGUAGAAACACAAUACAGAAAAUAAAACCCUAAAACAAAAUCCCCAACCCCCGUACUAAAACUUGUCACAUGUUCAACAGCAAUCCAAAUCCCCUCCGCAAAACCCCAUCCAUCAACCAAUUCCAAUUCUGAGGGUUCUGAAUUCCAAUUUACCAUACAACAGAAACAACAAUGAUGUACAAUGAUCCUCAACAACAACAGCCAAUGUACCAGCAGCAGCAACACCCACUACCACCACCACCGCCGCCGCAACAACAAAUGAUGCAUCAACAACAACCACCGCCCCAUCAAUUCCACCACCAGCAACCGCCGCCACAACAACAACAACAGCAAAUGAUGCGUCAGCCUUCUGCUUCCUCAACAACCCUCAAUGCUCCACCUCCAGAUUACUCUCAACAAAACUUUUCUCAUUCUCAUCCCUCUUUCGACGCCCAUGUAAAUGCAGACAGCUUUGCUGCCAAAAGAAUGAGGAAAAUUGGACAAAGAAGAGCGGUUGAUUAUACGAGUACUGUUGUUCGAUACAUGCAGAGCCGUUUGUGGCAACGAGAUUCACGGGACAGGACAGUGUUACAACCCACUCCUGCUGCAGCAAUUGAUAUGUUACCAACCGUUGCCUAUUCUGACAAUCCAUCUACCAGCUUUGCUGCAAAGUUUGUUCAUACGUCUCUAAAUAAAAAUCGCUGUUCAAUCAACCGUGUGCUGUGGACUCCUACCGGCAGGCGUCUUAUAACUGGUUCACAUAGUGGAGAAUUCACUUUAUGGAAUGGCCAAUCAUUCAAUUUUGAAAUGAUUCUGCAGGCUCAUGAUCAGCCAAUCAGGUCUAUGGUAUGGAGUUACAAUGACAAUUGGAUGGUCACUGGUGACGAUGGUGGCUCUAUAAAGUAUUGGCAAAACAACAUGAACAAUGUGAAAGCAAAUAAAUCUGCACAUAAAGAAUCUGUACGUGAUCUAAGCUUUUGUAGAACAGAUUUGAAGUUCUGUUCAUGCUCCGAUGACACCACUGUUAAAGUUUGGGACUUUGCUCGUUGCCAGGAGGAGCGUUCCUUAACCGGCCAUGGCUGGGAUGUGAAAAGUGUUGACUGGCACCCUACUAAGUCUUUACUAGUCUCUGGUGCAAAAGACAAUCUUGUGAAGCUCUGGGAUGCUAAAUCAGGGAAAGAGCUAUCUUCAUUUCACGGCCAUAAGAAUACUGUUCUGUGUGUCAAAUGGAAUCAGAAUGGUAAUUGGGUAUUAACAGCUUCUAAGGAUCAAAUUAUCAAGCUAUAUGACAUUAGGGCCAUGAAAGAACUACAAUCUUUUCGCGGUCAUAAGAAGGAUGUCACUGCAUUAGCUUGGCAUCCAUUCCACGAGGAGUAUUUUGUCAGCGGGAGUUUUGAUGGAUCUAUCUUUCACUGGGUAGUUGGGCAUGAAACUCCACAGAUUGAAAUUCAAAAUGCGCAUGAUGGCGGUGUCUGGGACCUGGCAUGGCAUCCCAUUGGGUAUCUUCUUUGCAGUGGUAGCAGUGACAACACAACAAAAUUUUGGUGCAGAAAUAGGCCUGGGGAUCCAGCUCGUGAUAAAUUAAACACAGGUCAAAAUCAAGGUUACAGUGAACAAAACUCUGCUUUUGCUGGCCGAAUGUCUGUAAAUUUCUCCGGAUCUGAGCCACCAACUACUCCAGGACCAUUUGCUGGGAUGAACAGGAAUGAAGGUACAAUUCCUGGGAUUGGAGUUGCAAUGCCGUUGUCGUUAGAUACAUCAACGCAGGGUGACCAAAAACAAGCCAUAUCCUCAUCAAUGCCACCAGGAGCACCUCCGUUGCCACCAGGUCCACAUCCAUCACUCUUUGCAGCCAAUCAGCAGCAACAAUAUCAACAAAAUCCUCAGCAACCCCACCACCACCACCAAAUGACACCUUUGCAACCACCAAAUAUGCAACAUCCAUCUCAUAUGCCACUUCUACCACAUCCUCAUUUACCCCGUCCACCACCCCAGUUGCCACCUCAUAACAUGCCAUCUUCAAUGCCUGGAUCCAUGCCCAUGCAUGGUCAAAUGGGGCCAAUGAAUCAGAUGGGUCCGCCUAUGCAGCAAGGACAUUUUAUGGGCAUGAAUCCUAUGCAUUCAGGACCAGGAGGUCCACCACCCGGCAGCAUGCCAAAUAUGCAAGGUCCAUCAAGUGCGGGCGGGAACCAGAUGUAUUCACCAGGAGGUGCAUUUAACCGACCUCAAGGUGCACAGAUGCCCCCAAUGCCAGGGCUAGGUCCAUAUCAGCCUGGGAAUCCAAGUGGUGGUGGCAUGGGAACAGGACCACCAAAUUACGGUAUGCCUUCUGGUAUUCCCCCGCCACUUCCUCCUGGCCCCCCACCACAUGGACAAACACCGCAGUAGGUCUUAUUUGUACAUCUCACAGCCUUUGUUUCUUUUGCUCAAAGCUGUAUUUUUAUUUUUUUUUUGUUGGGGGGUUAUCAGUAUUGAGUUCUAGUUCUGCAUGUAACUUAAUAGUGACCAUCUUGUUGAUGAGUUUAGUGUGACAGAUUCUUAGAUAUUAGCUUGCUAUUUGCAGUCCUAUGCAGGUGAAAUUGUUAAAACUUCAAAGUAAAUCCUUGGACGUUAAAGUUUAUCCCAUUAGAACUACGUGAUUCAUAACA